AUGUCGACCGGUUCUCAAUGGUAUAUGUGCGACCUAGCUCGCAAGGCGGCAUCUCUGGCCGACCGCACGCUAGAUCUACUGCUAUCGGCUACACACAACAUUUCGAUGACCAACAGGGUCGUGCUGUUAACUCAUGUGGCGACUGCUGUCCUCUCCAAUCCGAUGGAAGGCGCAGCACCUCGCGGUAUCCAAGACACAAUUCGCUCGCGUCUCAUGCUAUUUCGACUGCAAAUUGGUCCUUCUGAUUCUUGGAAGUUUUUCGAUGCAUGUAUGCAAGAAGUCUUCCAGACGUCGACCUCGUCAUCACCGAUGGAGGAUAUACAGCCCGUCCUCGUGUUACUUGGGACCGAACAAUGGGGCGAAGAGGGUAGUGGCCUCAGGGCACUUGCAGAGGCAUACCUGCUUCAUGUAGCGGCGUCUCAGCCCGAAAGUACGUUACGCAGCAUACUGGACGUACUGGACACACCAGAAAAGGCGCUAUAUUUUUCGUCCCUUUUGCAAGCUGUCAAGGCGCGUCGACGUUCGUCGGACAGCACUAAGGAUAAGGCGUGUGGUGCUACGACGAGCCCGAGUAACGCAAACACUGCCUGGCGAAUGCUCAUCAGGAAGAAUGUUGAAGCUAUCGUCGAGCCCGACGCGGUUGAUUGGAUGGAUGACGAGAGUUCUUUCUCGGACGCGCAGUAUAUGGCCAGGGCGCUCCAGGAAGUGGAAGACAGGUAUCAGAAGUCAUUAUACAACACCACCGCCAUGGGCCGCGAAAUGCUCGCGCGCUCGCUCGGCAGGCUACCUUGCACACUUGUGCACGGUGAUAUAACAGAGUGCCACCUCUCAAGCAGCAGACCAUCAAUCGAUGCCCUUGGCGCGUUCAUGGCCGUCGCAAUCCCGCUUCUGGAUGGUGCAGUCGACGAGGUCACACCCAGAGUCCGCAAGGCAGUGUUCAGCUCCCUCGCGCCGACAUUGAGGCACCAUACCUCAGGCUUUGGUGGCAGAUUGGAGAGGAUAGCGGAAAUCAUCACACGAGGGAUGAAGGACAAGGAUCGUAGCGUCCGAUUGUGCGCAGGUCAAUCAUUAGUGGAGCUGGUCAGAUUAUAUCAGGGCAUAGGCAGCGGCGUGUUGAAGCGCACAGAGCCACUUUUCGCCACGAUAUUCCGGAUACUCGAGACCACGGACGAGCGUGUUCGAGAGACUACCAUCGUUACUGUUGGACGUAUUGGCAGGAUUGCAACGCCUGAAGUCCUAGGCCAAGUAAUUUGUUGCCUGAUCUCCCAACUAGGUCAACGCAGUCCUUUGAUGAAAGGUACAGCACAUACGCAGUUGCGACGCUUGGCAAGCCUGCACAAGAAGACCCCAUACGCCCUUGUCUCUCCUUACAUGGUGCAAGUCGCGCCCUUCAUUCUCUCGAAGCUUUGCACACAACCGAUGCUGCUAGCCGAGAGCUGCAGAUUCCUGUCGCUCAGGUCGGAUGGUUUUGUAUCCGCAACGCUACAUCACACCUUGCCUCAGCUGUUCGGCACGUGCAACGUCAAGGCGUUAGAGGCGGUCGCUCGCGAGACUAGGGAGCGCAUCUCGCAGCUUUUUUUGCAGUAUUCGCACCAGAUCCUGGCAUAUGCAUUCCGCCUACAGGGGCCAGGAGCAUCCAACAAAGUUCUCAACUUCAUUGUGACGUUGCUUAGGGAAGCGUCUCAGCAAGCCCUCGAAUUGGACCUCUCGAGUCUAGUAGGCAGCUGCAAGAUACCGCUCUUAGCGGAGUUGAUCACCGUGUUGGGUGACGAGGAUCCGGAUCAAGCCGAAUAUCUCUCGCUGACCAGGAAUCGUCGCAGGCUAAGCAAGCACUCAAAAAAUGCCUUCCUCAAGCCGCACAUGCUCGGCAUCAUCACCAUCCUCAACGACCAGCUGCAAGACGUGUACGGCAAACGCACACUGGAGUCAAAGAGGACGAUUGUCCGUAGCUUGGGAGGCUUCAUCCGGGAGAUGGGCCCUGCAAUCGCGACUGCUGCCCCACAGAUUAUGGCCACGUUGCAGACAAUGCUCGUCAUACCGCAACUUACCGACGUGACUCUACAGAGCUGGCGCGAAUUCCUAGUCACUUUGGAUCCCCAGGAUCUAGGCCCCUACGUCAGCCCGACCAGCGCGUCCUUCGUCACAUACUGGUCCACCUUCUCUUUGAAUGGCAAGGAGGAUGCCAAAGCAUGCCUCGACUACAUCAUAUGCGACAUGGGCGCGAAGCUCGGUGCCUCUCUGGACGACGUGGUCGAUCUCACAUCGAUCCCUCAACUAGCUGCAGCUCAGCGGACAUUGGCCACUUAUCGCCAGGCGUGGGGAUCACGGGACAAGCUCGACAAUAUUUUGAACCGUUCUGCCAACGAAAACCUCACCGUAUGCAUGCAGGCGCUGCGAGAACUGAAGUCAUUUAUGACAGUGGAUGACCCGAAGUUCUUGCGUUCUCUAGCAUCGGGAGAUGUCUUCGAUCCUCUCGUUGGCCGGAUCGUGACGACACUCUUUACUGCUGCCUGUCGUGACGGAGAAGGUAGUGAAUCUCUCCGUAUGUACGCAUUUGAGUGCAUGGGGAUCCUGGGAGCGGUCGAUCCGGACAGGUUCGAGAUUGGUUCCAACGGCACGAGGAUGGUGGUCUGGGAGAACUUCGUCGACGAGGCCGAGUCGUUUGCAUUUGUCUUACAUCUUAUCGCAGACGUUCUAGUCGGGGCAUUUCGUGCGACGAGCGAUAUCAAGUACCAAAGCCACCUCGCGUAUGCGAUACAAGAACUGCUGCGUUUCUGCAAGUUCUCCCCGGGCCUUAUCGCUGCCCACGGGACGUCCACCUCUAUUCCUCUGAAGGUUCGCGUUCGUUGGAACAGCCUUCCGAAGCACGUUCUCGAAACAAUCUCGCCGCUUCUUUCGUCUCGCUUCACGCUUGAUGCUGGCACACCCGGACCAGUCAAACAUCCAAUAUACCCGUCCAUGGAGACUUACCGCGACUGGAUUCAGUUAUGGACCAGCCAUCUUCUAUCCAGAACUUCCGGUGACCGAGCAACGACUAUCUAUAGUGUUUUCUCUGCCAUCGUACGCAACAGGGAUGUGGGUGUCGCACGGCAUCUACUUCCGCAUCUAGUUCUGCAUGUCCUCGUAUCUGGAGACGAGGACGACGUGAGCAAUGUUCGCAACGAGCUGCUUGUUGUCCUCGAAGACCAAGUAGAUGUCAAUUCUCACUCUACGUCCGAUAAGAAGCUUCUCAGUGCGCAGACAGUCUUCUUGCUCCUUGACCACGUUAGCUACUGGCGCUCUGUUAUCCCGCACAAACUCGCCAAGUGGAAGGAUACCCCCAAAGAUAAGUCAGGGGCGAAGUCAGCGCGUCAAAUCGCCGAAACAGAGAAGGCACUCGUCAUAGUGGAUUCGUUGUUGUCGAAUAUCGACCAGGACUUGAUGGCCAAGGCAGCACUACAAUGCAAGGCAUACGCUCGGUCUCUCAUGAACUUUGAACGACAGAUACUGACUUUGCGAGAACGGGAAGCAAAGGAGAGCGACAUCCACAAGUACUACGAACGCUUGCACGAAAUCUACGCCCAUCUGGAUGAGCCCGAUGGGAUGGAAGGCAUCUCCACACUCAUCUUGUCUCCGUCGCUGGAACAUCAGAUCCGUCAGCACGAGAGUACCGGUCGUUGGACGUCCGCACAAAGUUGCUGGGAAGUCCGCUUGCAAAACUCGCCGGAUAAUCUUGAGUUCCAUCUAGGUCUAAUGCGAUGUCUGAGAAACUUAGGCCAUUAUGACACCUUGCGUACCCACGUCAAAGGCAUCAUCACCCGCAAUCCUGAUUGGGAGUCGCACCUCGUCGGCUUCCAUGUCGAGAGUGAGCUUAUGGUGGGAAACUGGGAUGAAGUACAUCAACUCAUUCACAAUUGCGAAGUCGACGCAUCUUCCGUUCUCAUUGCCCGUGUCCUCUUGGCUCUCCGCGCGGGCGAUAGUGUCGCUGUGUCCGACGCACUCUCGACAGCUCGCACGUCUCUGGGGUCCCCCAUCAUGGCUGCUGGUCCUCGAAGUUACCGCCGAUCAUACGAAGCCGUGCUUGACCUGCAUCUAGUCCACGAAUUGGAGACUAUCCACAAAGUUGUCUCGACCUCUCUGCGCGCGGGCCGGGCGACAGACGAUCUAGGUGCCUUGUCUUCAGAGCUUUCUUCCCGCCUCAACUCUACGUUGCCCACAUUCCGCACUCAGGAGCCCAUUUUGAGUAUGCGGAGGAUCGCAUUUGCAUUGACCUCUACCAGCAGCCGAGAGAUCAGAGAUAUCAUAGGGGAGUCAUGGUUAGCAACCGCCAAGAUAGCCAGGAAAGCGGGCCACUGGCAAACAGCAUAUAGUGCAAUGCUUCAAAGCCAACAAUGUGAUAUGGCAUCUUGUUUCCUGGAGAGUGCAAGGCUUGUCAAGGCGAAUGGCGAGCCCCUUCGUGCCCUCCAAGAAUUGGAGAAUCAUAUGCAAGUUGCUGGCAUGCUGAAGGAUGUACAGGACACGUUGAACAACGACGUAAUCGACCUUACCACUGACAACGCCGGCGGUCCAAACAUCGCGUCGAAAGCUCAGUUACUCCGAGCGAGAUGGAUGUACGAGGCUGACCGUUACGAACCCACCUAUGUGCUUUCCGCCUUCACAAGCGCAGUCAAGUCCACAGAGAAAUGGGAGAGCGCUCAGUUCUAUAUGGGCUGGUUCCACGACGAUAUGUACAAAGGCUUGCAAACCGAACGUGACAGAAUAGACAGAGGCAUGAGGAUGAACCUCCAUACCGUCAGAGCGUAUACAAGAGCCACCAAGUUUGGCUCGAAGUUCAUCUAUCAGACAGUACCGCGACUUCUCACUCUGUGGCUUGACAUGGGAGAACACCCGGAGAUGUCCGUGCAUAGAAACUAUGUGUACAUGAACACGGAGAUUGAGAAAUCGAUCAAGACGAUACCCGUGUACAAGUGGUACACAGCCUUUCCGCAAAUCGUCUCCCGGGUCGGCCACAAAAAUGAGAUGGUCUACAAACUGUUGUCUCUGAUUGUCUCAAGGGUCAUUCAAGAAUACCCGAAGCAAUCACUAUGGCUCUUCGUCUCUGCUGUCAAGUCCACUAAAACGCAAAGAUCCCAACGGGGAAGGGACAUCCUGAAUCGAUUGAAGGCCGCUGACCGAAGAGGACGCCUCGGAAGCCUAAUUGACGAGAGUCUGCGCAUGACUGACCAGUUGCUCGAGCUAUGCGUUCGUCCCGUGCCCGAUUCUAAGAGACUCUGCAACAUGCCGAAGGAGUUUCCUGCGCUGUAUCGCCUGGCCCCGUCACAACUGAUCAUCCCUCUGCAAGACUCCUUGACGGCUAGCGUCCCUCCCGCGUCCGUAUCUGACUCUGCCCAUCAGCCUUUCCCCCCGAACGCACCCACCAUUGAGGCAUUCCUCGACGAAGUGGAGGUCAUGAAGUCUCUCGCGAAGCCGAAGAAGAUCGCUCUGAGGGGAAGCGACGGACAGAUAUACAUGUUCCUCGGCAAGCCGAAGGAUGACCUGCGGAAGGACGCCCGUCUAAUGGACUUCAACACGAUCAUCAACAAGCUCCUGAAGGCCAACACAGAGUCGCGGCGCAGGCAGCUUGGCAUCCGGACUUACGGCGUCGUCACUUUGAACGAGGAGUGCGGGUUCAUCCAAUGGGUUCCAAACACAGUUCCGAUACGACCUAUUCUCAAUGAGUUAUACGAGAGGAUAGGUCUCAAGGUUUGGACCCCAGACAUGAACGUCAUCUUCGCGCACAUCAAGACGUUGAGCACUGACAAAGAGGCCGCUUCGUACUUCGAGCAGCAUAUCCUGUCUAGGUAUCCGCCUAUGUUCCACAUCUGGUUCCUCGAACAGUUUCCCGAACCGACUGCAUGGCUGUCUGCUAGACUCGCGUAUAGCAGGACGGCUGCGGUCAUGUCGAUGGUCGGGUUUAUUCUAGGACUCGGUGACCGGCAUUCUGAGAACAUACUUCUCGACACAACCACGGGAGACGUCGUACACGUAGACUUCAACUGUCUGUUCGAGAAGGGCAAACAACUGGAGACACCGGAACGAGUUCCUUUCAGGCUGACACAGAACAUCGUCGACGGUUUCGGCAUCGUCGGAGUGGAAGGUGUCUUCCGGAUUGCGUGCGAGGUCACAAUGCAGCUGCUCCGAGACAACAAGGACACGCUCAUGAGUGUCCUGGACGCCUUCAUCCACGACCCGCUCCGUAAGAAGGAACGUGAGACAUUGAGGCGUAACAAAGCGGGUGGCGCCAAUGCUAACAAGGAUGUCAACGCCACCCGAGCGAACAUCGACCUACGCAAGCUCGCCCUGGAUGCGCUUAGUCCCAUUGCCAAGAAGUUGAACGGUAUCUAUACGACGAGUCCCGAGCGGCCGGAGAAGGAGACGUCGACGAGCAACCUUGUCGAGAUGCUAAUUCGACAAGCAAGCAGUAAUGCGAACCUAGCGAAGAUGUAUCCAGGCUGGGGACCGUGGCAUUAG